AUGUCAUCGUUCGCCUCAGAAGUACUUCAUUGGAAACCAACAAAAUUGGAAGAAGAAUGUGAUUCUGCAGAUAUUUCAGAGCUUGAUGCUAUAGCUAGAGAUAUUCGUGCUGAGCUCUGUAUCGCCAAAGAAGAGGAAGAAAGGUUGACUGAAUGCAUUGUUGAUGGUUUGAAGAAGACGGAAAGGACUCUAGGUUUAUUUUUUAAUUUUAAACGAGGUUGUCGUUGA